AUCACAAAAAAAAUGUUUAAAAAAUGUACUAAAUUCAGAGUGCAGUUUCCAAUAUUUUAUAAGUUUUGUAAGUUUUGCAAACCAUGGAUGAGCUUUGCCAGUUCUUAAGUGCCGACCUAUAUUCCUACAUAGAGGGUAUCGUAAAUAGUCUGUUCUUUGGAUCUGCGUGCUCAGAUGAAUCGUUGGCUUUUAAAAGAGUGAAGAAAAAUGUGAAAAUGGGAUGCCAAAGCUGUACAUCCCUAGUGACACAUCCUAGUUAUACAAUUAGGCAACAUUAUCCAGGUCCUUUAAUCACCUACGACGGGGAGGCGCGAUGUGAGCCGCGUUUUAUUCGAUUUUCGGACUUAACCUUGAGCACAAUGGAGCUUAUCUUCAAUGCUUAUGGAGACAAUGAUGAUGAUGGAACGGAUGAAAUGAAUGAAAUGAAUGAAGUGUGUGAAAAGAAGGUAGAUGUGGAGGAAAAGUGUGACAAGCAGAGAGAGGAGCCGGCGUGUGGUAAUCCAAGGAAGAUCUUUGGCUGCCAAACAAAUGCACCAAUGCACAACUGUAGGUUGAAUGGUGGCAGGGAGGAAUCCGACUUGGCAGACGAUUCACUCGUCGACAAGGAGCUCCGAGCCCUGGAGGAUCGUGCCAGGGGUAUAUACGAAAUACAUAUCGAAUCUUUUCCAGAUUCGCCGUCUUGGGACUGCCUGAAACCUGCGGAGAAACUGCGCUUUCAAUGGAAAGCUUCUACUGGAGAUGAUCUGAUGAAAAGUCCUUAUGAAAAUUUCGCAUUGAGUUUUACCAGAAGUUUCCUCGAAGCUUUUCCCCUUGCCACAUGUGCCACUGUUCGAAAGGAGGAAAAAAUCGCGUGGUGCAAGUUAGAUCGCUGCCAGCGAAUGCCGUUCAUACUGCAGGCUCUACUGUACCACGUCGCCAUCGGUGCCAUCGAUCCCGAAGAUCACUGUGCUGUUCGUGAACUUUUUCACAAGUUGAGAUAGAGUGAGAAGUGCGUUUUCCAUUUCCAUUACCAUUUCGAUUUUAUACGAACCAGAUGUUGCGUGGCCAGUCUAUUUUGGUGCUGAGCCUCAAAAUUCGCAGCUCUUUUCCUUCGACUUUUGCUCUUGAACCACAUUUGUCGAGAAUAAUGGAUCCCCUACUUUUGGCCAAGGUCGCCCGCUGACAUGGCAUUGGCACUCGAUUAACAAUUAAAGCCGCAGCUCUCAAGGUCGCGCAGAAUUAAGAUGGAAAAUCUCAAAUGAAUCAGGGUCCCCCUGAGUAAAAGUUGGACUGGGUGCGAAUCAAUUUCGCAUGCGCAUACAUUAGCAAUAAAAAUUUGUAGUACCCCCUGAAACCGAAAUAAAUAAAACAAACGAGAAGC